ACAUAAUAAAAAUUGGUCGACUGUCGGUACUCUGGGCGUGAUUUGUUCAACCUACCUUUUUUCUUUCUUUCCUAGUCUCUCAGACAGACAACUUCAAAUUUCCGCCAUCACCGCUCUCCUCGACCCACGUGUCCCUCCCUCUCUGUCUCUUUGUAACUCGAACUUAGUACCACAAGCUGCACCUCACUCUGACCCCAAUCUCUACCCCCCUCUCUCCCUCUAAAAAGAGUUUAGAAAGAGAAAGACCCAGAAACCCAAAAACAGAGCCGUUACCAUUGUUUCUGAGAGAGAGGGAGUGACAGAGAUCGAAAGGGUGAUGCUUUGCACCCGUAAAAAUGUUAAAUUUCUUAGUAAGGAAAGACGUUAGGAAGAUUCUCAAGCGCAAGGAUAGUGAUGCUGGUGAAAGAGGAAGAGCUCUAGAAGACUUGCGGGCAGCUCUAUUUAACGAAUUUCGCUCAUCUGAAGGUGCAAAGCGUCAACAACAACAACUAUGUGGCCCUGCUACUGCUCUUACAUUCAAUUUUGUAAUUGCUGUUGGUAUAAUUUUCGUGAACAAAUUGGUGCUCAAAGUUGUUGGGUUCCAGUUUCCUAUAUUUCUCACUUUUAUCCACUAUGUCGUUAGCUGGUUUUUGAUGGCCAUUCUAAAUGCUCUGUCUAUCCUCCCUGCAUGUCCCCCAAAAUCGACUCGCUUAUCUACGUUAUUUACUCUUGGUUUUGUUAUGGCCUUUUCUACUGGCCUUGCUAAUGUUAGUUUGAAGUACAAUAGUGUGGGGUUUUAUCAGAUGUCUAAGAUUGCGGUUACUCCAUCAAUUGUUCUCGCAGAAUUUUUAUUGUACAAUAAGAGAGUUUCUUUCUCCAAGGUUCUAGCACUUACAGUAGUAUCCUUUGGUGUUGCCGUGGCUACAGUAACUGAUCUGCAAUUCCAUCUCUUUGGUGCUUGUGUAGCAUUAGCAUGGAUAAUACCAAGUGCAGUCAACAAGAUUCUUUGGUCUAGUCUGCAACAGCAGGAAAAUUGGACAGCCUUGGCGUUAAUGUGGAAGACAACGCCAAUCACCUUAUUUUUCCUUGUUGCACUAAUACCCUGGUUAGAUCCACCCGGUGCCCUCUCAUUCAAUUGGAACUUUAAUAACACCUUGGCAAUUCUCAUGUCAGCUAUUCUUGGCUUCUUGCUUCAGUGGUCAGGUGCUCUAGCACUUGGGGCCACAUCUGCUGUUACACAUGUUGUUCUUGGUCAAUUCAAAACAUGCGUCAUUCUUCUAGGAAACUACUACCUCUUUAGUUCGAAUCCAGGCAAGACGAGUAUUUCUGGGGCUUUCACAGCAAUUGCUGGAAUGUCUAUUUACACUUACCUUAAUUUGAAGCAGCAAUCGAGCAAAGCUCCACGACAAGCCUCUUCUUUGCCAAAAUCAAAACUGAGUAAAGAAAAUGGCAGCAUCCAUGAAGGAAACUACGGUUCUGAAUCUGUCUAACUUAUCAAGCUAGAUACAUGAGAAGAUCUAACCCUCUCCACUAACUCGGGCAUUGUUUCGUUUGUUCAUUUUUAGCUUAGAAUUUUUUAGGUACUCAAUCCACUUUUACCAUGAAUUGGAGUUUGGUAGUAGUCUAUAUGACAAUACCUGCUCCAAGGUCACCUUUUGUGGAUUCUGUGGGGUUCUUCAGCAUUGCCUUGGCUGCAAAUUGAACACUGUAUAUAUAUUAAUGAAUGGAAGGUGUCUUUACUGGUUACAGCUUA